GUUCAUUGUCUUUGAACAUUUUUAUUAUUAGAAUAGGCAUAUCAUAAUGUGCACAAUCGUCUUAUUCUCCGGUUCUCUUUGAUCUAGCCCGACAAUUAGAUCAUGGUAAGGCCUGCAUGUUGCGAUAAGAUCGAUAUGAAAAAAGGAUCAUGGAAUGAAGAGGAUGAUGCACAAAUGCUUGCCUUUGUAACCAAACAACCAACAAGUAGUUGGCAAGUUGGGGCUCCAAGAAAACCAGGUUUAAGAAGAUGUGCGAAGAGUUGUAGGCUAAGGAAAACAAACAUUACAAGGAAUGAUGAGGUUAGACACGAAAACUUUACGCCUCAAGAAGAGGAGUUGAUCAUCAAGCUUCAUUCCGCUAUAGGAAGCAGGUGGCCUAUAAUAGCACAACAACUUCCAGGAAGAACAGAUAAUGAUGUGAAGAACUACUGGAAUACUAAACUAAAGAAAAAGCUAUCAUCAAUGGGAAUCGAUCCAGUCACUCAUCGACCUUUCUCGCAAAUGCUAGCCGACUAUGGCAACAUUAGCGGACUAACAAGAACCAAAACUAAGAUUGGCUCACUAGGAAGAGACACCAAGAACACAUUCUUCAUUACAAGUCAAGAUCAAACUCAACAACUCCCUACAACCAGCCACUUAUUCCCUACUUUCAACAACGACGUCAAAAUGGAACCACCAGAAGCAAUCAAAACCGACUCACUUGAUCUUCUAACUCAACUUCAAGCCAUCACACACAAGAAAGACUCAUCAACAACUCAUGACCAAACAUCUUUUACACAGUUCCAUGUUUCUGUCGCAGCGUCAUGUUCUUCGUCUUCUUCGAGUUCUUGUUCAACCUUGAAUGAAAUGACUGCACAACCAACGUUUAACUGGCGUGAUUUUCUAAUUGAGAAUGCAGGUAAUGAUGAUCAGAAACUUAACUUUGAAGAAGUUGGAGGGGUUGAUGAGGUAGUUAAAGGUAACACUUCAUUAAUUAAUGGUGUUACAGAAACAAUGGAAGAUGGUUGUGAUGAGUCAUUUGUGGAAGCCAUGCUAGAUGGAGAAGAUGAUAUGUUCUUGGACUUUCCCGGGCUUUUGGGUUGACUUUUGGUUUGACUUGUGGGGGUUUAGAAUAAUGGGUUUUCCAUAGUGAUAAGAUGCAUUCAAGUGGAAAUCAGUUUUUAGGGUAAAAGUAUAAAUUUAAUAUAUUUGUGAUUGUGAGAUAAUGAGUAACAAUAAUGCCCACUCGAUAGUGUGAGCAUUUUAUGGAAUAGAGACAUUAAAAAGUGUAUAACUUGGUUAAUAA